AUGGCUUGUACCUCCACAAUGUCAUUGGUCACACCACUUAACCAGACCCGCUCAUCGACCUUCUUCAACCCGUUACCUCUGAAACCAUCCAAGGCCAUGUCUGCACCUGGAGGCAGGACACAGAGGCUCGAAGUUAGGGCUUCUAAGAUCAAGUUCGGCAAGGCUUUAACCGGACUCUCUGCGGCCGCUCUCACCGCUUCAAUGGUCAUCCCGGAGAUGGCUGAAGCUGCUGGUCCAGGAAUCUCUCCUUCUCUCAAGAAUUUCUUGCUCAGCAUUGCGUCUGGUGGCGUGGUUCUCACCGUCAUCAUUGGUGCCGUCGUCGGUGUCUCCAACUUUGACCCUGUCAAGAGAACCUAAGAAGCUAGCAAGCUAUAUUUUAUCUUCAUUGUUGUUAAUGUGUUGUGCCUCAUGUUUUGUAUCGUUUAAUGAAACUUUGGUGUGUACUAUGCUCAAAACUUAAAAAAAAAAACUCCUUGUUUCAUGAA